AUGUGUAUGGUGGCCAUAACAUUUCUGAAUCUAAUUGGCAUUCCAAUGGAGAUUGCCUUUCUUGAUGGGAACAGUGGAGUGGGUUGGGAGGGUUUUAACGUGUUCUCGGACACUCUGUUCCUGAUUGACGUGGGGCUUAACUUUCGCAUGGGGAUCAUUAAUGAGGACAGUGAGGGAGCCAUUCUGGAUUUGAAAAGCAUUCGACAACAAUAUUUAAAAGGCUGGUUUAUACCUGAUGUGGUGGCAGCAUUCCCAGUUGGUUACAUACUACUUAUUGCGGACCUACAAUACCACAGUGACUCUCCCUCAUCCAAAGCCAGCAAAAUGAUGCGCAUCUUGAUGUUUGUGAGAAUCCUCAGUCUUGUCCGCCUGCUGCGUGUGUCAAGGCUUGUUAGGUUUUUCAAUGAAGUGGAGAGAGUUUCAAAUGCCAACUUGGAGGUGGUGAGGGUGUUCCUAAGAAUCUUGUCAUUAUUUAUGAUGAUUUUCCUGCUGUGCCACUGGAAUGGCUGUAUUCAGUAUUUUGUGCCUAUGCUUGAGGAGUUUCCCUCAGACUGCUGGGUUAGAAGAGAGAAUCUAAUGAAUGCCACAGUGGGAGAGAAGUACUCUUUUGGAGUCUUUCGGGCCCUCUCUCAUAUGACUGCAAUAUCAUACGGUUCCUCUGAAACACCCACAAAUGAGGUUGAGCUGUGGAUAGUCAUGACUAGCAUUGUGUCUGGAGCCAUCAUGUACACGGUGAUGGUCGCCAACACUGCUGCAAUGAUGACUGAUGUGGACAUAACAGCAAGAGCGUACAAUAACAAAAUGAAUCAUCUGGAAGAUUAUAUGACUUUCAUGAAGCUUCCCAAAGCCCUUCGUAUGCACAUCAGCAACUACUUUCAGGCUCGUUAUGCAGGGAAAUGGUAUGAUGAGAAAGAUGUCCUGAAGUGGGUGUCUUCAUCUCUCAGAGAGGAAAUUCUGAUGACCAUGUGCUCGGCCCAUGUGAGAAAAGCUCCCUUUUUCCGGAACUGCGAUAUAAAUUUCGUCAAUGCCAUUCUUCUGGAGCUGCAGUAUGAGGUCUACCAGGAGGGUGACAUCAUCAUCCGCCAGAACGCUCCUGGUGACCGCAUGUUCUUCAUCGAGCAUGGGCAGGUCCUUGUGGAGAAUGAGUUUCUCCAGAGGGAACUGUGUGAUGGACACUACUUUGGAGAGUCAUGUCUCCUAAUUUUUUGUAUUUGGAUUGAGAAACACUGCAUCCCAUCCUCUCCACUACUGAAAGGAAAGAAGGACCUUGGUUCUCCUCCUCGCCUUAAUAACUGCCCUUCUACACCAGAGCUCCCUGCAUUUGAAACACCUUUUGUCAGCAAGCUAAUAAAAAAGGAUGACAGGCAGGAAGAAAGCGAUAGACACAGGACAUCACAGGAGGGCAGCUUUCACCUACCAGAUCUCUCAAACACAAACACAGCUCCUUCGUUUGAUGCUCCAGAGAUGCCAAAAGUGCUAUGUUAUGAGGACAAGGCCAUACCUGAGAUGCUAACCCUGCAGUCCCUUUUUGGGAGUUCUCUUGCUUUUAAAAAUGCAUCUGAUGAUGCUUCUGGGAUGAAGAUGGGGGCAGAUCAAGUGUUAGACCUGAAGCAGACACCUGUCCAAAUCCAUGAAAAUGGGUUCAACCAGGAUUGGUGCCUUGCAACUCCAAAAGUCAGAGUGAUGUUCCCUACAGAGCCAUGCACACCAGAGAUGCCUGAUAUAAGUUCAGUCACUCAGGAUAUUUUAAAACUUGUGGCUCAGUGCAAGUCUUAAGCACUUACUACUGGAUCUCUGCUGCAGACCAUGAAGCCUGGCUUUCAAAAAGUGGAACCAAGAGGAGAACAGCAGAUUGUAUUCAUAAAGUGAUUCUAUUGACUUAUAUU